AUGCUUCACCAACAAUUUAACGCAGGUUUUGUGAUGUCAACAGGUGCUUCUCAAACUUCUGUAGUUAACACAGUAACACCCGAUGAACUGGAUAUUCCCGAGUUCAAACAAUACAAUAAAGAAAUAUAUGAGAGUUCAAAAUCUGGUAAUCGUAGACGACGCAAGUCGACACGUGAAGAUUGUGACACCGCUUCCUCCUUGGAUGGUUAUGAUGGGGAAGAUGGCAAUGGCUCUGUAACGCAUGCCGAAUUUCGUCGUCAAAUACAUAUUCAAUCUGAACAAAGACGACGGGCGGAAAUAAAAGAUGGUUUUGAAGAACUUCGUCGACAACUUCCGAUUAAUAAUAAUGGUCGUAAAAUGAGUAAAGCUCUUUUGCUUCAGAAAACUGUCGCUCAUCUUAAGAACAUGAAAUCCAAAGAGACCUUCCUUAUCGAAGAAGUUAACCGUCUUCAUCAAUAUAUCUCGUAUCUAGCCACUGAACUCGAAAGAGAGAAAAGACUAAACGCUGUAUACCAACAGCAAGAAACCCUUGAUAAAAUUUAUGCAAUUGGACUAUAG